AUGUUUCUGUUUAACUUUGUGCAGAAAGAUCCCCACGCGGAUCCCAAAAACCUCGGGAAGAAACAAACUUUGUCCAAAGAUGAACGUCCGGAAAAUGAUUACAGUGAUGUGGUCCCCAAACCUGGCUCCAAUCCUCCAAUCGUACCUGAUCGCCCUAAACAGCUUGCACAUACAACCACACAACUCCUGAGCAAAGAAUGGAGGAUCCUGGAGUGGAGCAAAAAGAAAAACACGGCAGAUUUUUUGAGGAAAUUUCCAAUCAGCACUCAAGACGUUGACAAACUCCGCAUCCUGGUCCAUGGUCCAGUGGGAGCAGGGAAGUCCAGCUUCAUCAACUCCAUCGACUCCAUCUUCCAGGGGCGGAUAACAAAUAUGGCCGCAGCUGAAGCAGCGACCGGCCACAGCUUCACAAGGACUUUCCAAACCUACCACAUCAAAAAUCAGAAGUAUGGGUCCUUCCUGCCCUUUGACCUCUGUGACAUCAUGGGUCUGGAAGAUGGCCGUUCAGAAGGGGUGGACACUGAAGAUCUCAUCAAAGUCUUGCAGGGUCACAUUGAAGAUGGCUUCAAGAGCCACCCCAAUAAGAUCUCCAUGAUGGACGAUGGUGUCAUCGACAAGAUGAAGCACAUUAGGGCCAAAGCUGGGGAUGAAAGGAUUCCGCAGGUGGUGAUUCUGACUAAAGUGGACGAGACCUGUACUAAUGUAGCCAAGGACAUUAAACUCAUCUACAAGAGCCAAAAGAUCAGAGACAAGAUGCAGGAGUGCAGUAACAGACUGGGAGUUCCCAUGAGCUACAUCUUCCCAGUGAAGUGCUACCAUGAGGAGAUCCAUCUGAAUAAUGAAGUGGACGUGCUGCUGCUCUCUGCUCUGACCUUCAUCCUCAACUUCGCCAACGACCACGUGGCAGUGAUAGCACCCCCUGCUGCCAACAUGAGUGGUAGCAGCAGGCAGCGCUACGUGAACGUUAGCGACAGUCAGCAGCCACCGCCCCGUUAG